GACGAGCGACCUUGAACUCCACCUCACCCAUACUUGCGACUGUCCAUUGCCAUUGCGCGACUAGCCGUGCUGAAUUCUCUCCGGAUCGCGCGUCUUCCUCGUCUUCCUCGUCUCCUCCUUUUCCCUUCGUUCCAUCACGACAAUUUUCUUCACAACCCGGCGCAAUGGCACCCUUAACAGAUACCGUGGUCGAUGACCUCAAGAGCACCGUCAACCGCCUCGAGAAGCGCAUCGCUGAGCUGGAGAACAAGUUGUCUGGCCAUGGCGGACAAUCCUCAUCGCAAGAAAGCAUAAGGAUGAUCCUUAUGGGACCACCGGGUGCUGGCAAGGGCACACAAGCACCGCGAAUUAAGGAGAAGUUCUGCGCAUGCCAUCUUGCCACUGGAGACAUGCUGCGCGCGCAGGUCGCAGCGAAGACGGCCCUCGGUCGGGAAGCAAAGAAGAUUAUGGAUGCCGGUGGCCUGGUUAGCGACGAGAUCAUGAUCAACAUGAUCAAGACGGAGCUUGAGACCAACCAGGAGUGCUCCAAGGGCUUCAUUCUCGACGGUUUCCCACGAACAGUCACUCAAGCUGAGAAGCUCGACGGCAUGCUUGCCGCAACCCAGAAGCCCCUCCAACACGCAGUUGAACUGCAAAUCGACGACGGUCUGCUCGUCUCGCGUAUCACCGGCCGCCUUGUUCACCCCGCAUCUGGCCGUUCUUACCACAAGAUCUUCAACCCACCCAAGUCGCCCAUGACCGACGACAUUACCGGUGAGCCGCUCAUCCAGCGCUCUGAUGACAAUGCGGAAACUCUCAAGAAGCGUCUUGCAACCUACCACGCCCAGACUGCGCCAGUCGUCGCAUACUACCAGAAGACGGGUAUCUGGAAGCCCAUCGACGCAAGCCAAGAGCCUGGGCAGGUAUGGAAGAGCUUGCUCAAGGUUUUUGACAACAAGGCCAUGAUUGGCGGACAGUCAGGCAGCCUGCUCAACAAGAUUGGUCUCAAGAACUAGAGAUCUGCGCUUGCCUUUUGACCAAUGCUCCGGUGCUGGACUGGGGAGAUAUGGAUCAACGUGGCGUUACGAAGUAUGCCUGCAUCUGACCAUCAAACACGCGCAUCCUUGCAAUGUCUCGUCAUGUUUCGGUGCCACUUAUAUAAAAGCCUGCACUUUACGCUUUGGAACGAAGAAUGCAGACAUGUAACGGAUGAAUUCUUUGUACUUGUACAGAUAAGUUGGAGGGGGGGCUUGGGGUUUUAUCACUUGUAUUCCCUGUGUGUUUCCUAGACUGUGGGUUUUGCAUCUAGAUAGCGACCCUAGGUUGGAAAUGCUAAAGACAUUCAUGACGAUGAG